GACAUCCCGGCGAGACAGUGUGGUUGUAGGCUAUCUCUGCGUGGGCAAGAUGGAGAUCCCACUGCUAGUCCUCAUGAAAAAUCUUUCGGAGAAUAUCAUCGAGAGUCCUGUUCGUGACCUCCGUUUGACCAUCGGUCUGGGAAUGGUAAGACGAGGAGAAGCGGAUCUGGGUGUCGUAAACCUCGUGGAGCCAUCGCCUGAAGCGGCUGGUAAAGCGCGGGUCACGGUCAGAUAUGAUGCUCAGAGGCACAAGCUGGAUGGAAUGCUCGACGUCGCGCAUCGUGGGGUGUCGGCGUACGAGAAUGACAAUGGGAAAACGCCGUGGUACUCUCGAAUGAGGUCACAAACUGCGGGCUCCAGAGGGAGGGAAGUAGAGAUGGAAGCCAUAGAGAUAGGAGGAGGAUCUUGCUCCAGAAAGAGGAGCUCGGCGUCUGGACAGGGUGGAUCAUCGUGCAAGAGAUCCAUAAUGUUCACCGUAAAGAAGGUGACGUCGUCCUGUCGGAUGAAGUGGGCGAACUACCGAGGCGAGGUGACGGUGAUAGUAGGAGAUGGUGUGGGCACGGAAGGCUCCGGGGGAGGAGUAUCGGGGCGUGGUGUCGCAGUGGUACCUAUAAAAGUUGUGUGCCCGGGAGAGGGUGGAAAGGGCGAGCUGGAGGCGCUCGGCUAUAGGGAGAGUAGAAUCCUCCAGGUGGUAGUGAACGACCUCGCAGAGGUCGAGGUCGUCGUUGUGGUCACCCUCAGGCAACAGCGGGGCAACAAUGUCCUUCUCACCAUACUCGAGCGUGGUGAAGCGGUGCGAGAACUGGCGGCCCUGCUGCGCGGAACGGCAGGGACGACCAUGGAAAGGGGAACGACAUUGAAAAGUGUCGUGAGAGGAGGAGGGAGCGUAACCAAUACGCUGAGGUUGGGAGGAGGAAGUGGGUUGACGACGGGCCCGCAUUCGCUGAUGGGCCCUGGUGGCCUCGUAAGCCUGCGAGGCAGAUGUGAAGUCAUACCGCCAUAACUCAGAUCGGUGCUCAAGGGGAAGGUUGGCCAAGAAACGAUCGAUGAGGGCAGCCUCGGGGAGGAACGCCACAUCACAAAUG